AUGCAUUCCGAUUUAGUCCUAGCAUUCCUGCUUUGUGUAUUUUCUAUAAGCUUUUGCAAGGCCCAGUGCUCCAACGACGAUGAGUUCAGUUGCUUUAUUCCCAAAGUCAACAUAUCUGCUGGUGGUCUGGUGAAGCUGCAAGCGGAAAUGUUAAGCGCACCGUUUCGAUCAUACUACAUUGAAAAACUUAUCGUGGUCAACCCUCCUUCCGGGGCCUUUCUGCAGCGAGUCGCUUUGAUGGUCAAUCAGAUCAGUUUCGAUGUGUAUCACGAACCGGUCAUGCAGCUACUCAGCGACAACACCUUGCAGUCCAUUACUUUGAACAGGGCACAAAACCUGCACGGAUUUGUAGUCGACGGAACGAACGAUCAUAUGAAGGAGUUGGUGAUCGACCACAGCCUGCUUGAUCGUGUUCCAUCGACACUUGGCAAGCUGCGCCAGUUGCGACUUAUUCAGAUAAGGUACAGCCAUAUAGAGAUGUUGUCCCUCGAGGUGCUUGCCAGCAAUGCUGAGCUCAUGUAUGCGACAUUCACGAAUAGUCGUAUCGCCAGGGUACUGCCUCUGAAAAAUGCCAACACCGAGUUGAAGCUGAGAGAGAUAGACCUGUCCGAAAACCUUAUCGAGCACCUGGACAUGUCUAGCUGGGCUCCGUUUAAAGCGCUGAUUAGGAUCAAUCUUAGCCAUAAUCGCCUGCUGGUACUAGACACACAGCACUCAUUUACGUUAGACAAUCUCACUACGUUGUAUCUCGACUCGAACCACCUGAAGACGAUCGACAUGAGGCACCUUACCUUACCCCAACUGCAAACAAUAUCACUGAACGAUAAUAACUUUACCGAGGUGCCGUCUAGCUGGGGCAAAAAGGAAGCUCUAUCCUAUAUAUCCAUCAACAACAACUAUAUUACAUCGUUCGAUUUCGGUUCAUUGCGUUCGUUGACUUCUUUGGGCACCAUCCUGCUUGAAUCCAACCACAUCCACAGUGUAACCGUAAGCAAUCCCGUUGUUCAUCUACCGCAGCUGAAAUGGAUCUACCUUGCCAAUAACACCCUGAAUCGGAUAGAUCUCAAUGGUACCGAUUUUCCGCAACUCUCCUACCUUACGUUGGCUCAUAACCAGUUUACUUCCGUGCCAACAGUCUUCAGGAAGUACCCGAACCUGCGCCUGUCGGUGGAAGUAAAUCCGAUUAAAUGCGAUAACUUCAAGGCGCACCAUUUACACCUGGAAUCGUUUCAAAUCAUUAGCGUUUACGCCUGGGAAGACGAUAGAUGUCCGGAUUUGUUCAUCACUUAUGGUGGUUAUAAUUACUGUUGCGUUGGUUAG